AUGAAUAAAACCAACUCAAAAAAACCUAAAGGAAAAAAUAACGACGACCAAAGGCAAAAGGACAAUGACGACGCAUUAAUUAGUAAAAUUGAGAAUAGGGAAGAACAGUCGCAAGACGGCACAAUAGAUGAAGAUGAGCUGAGAAAGUUUGAAAGGGAAUUGCUACAACGGCACGAUCAACAGCCUAAACUAAACAGGUCGGGUGCCAUAAAGCACUCGACACUUGUAGGGGAAGAAAUUAAUACAAGAGAAGAAGAAGAAAAAGAGGAGGAAGAGAAAGAAGAGGAAGAUCCCUCGGUGAAAAUCCUGGAAGCGAAAGCCUUCACAGAAAGUCACGAUGAAAAAACGGAAGAAGAAAGGGGAGGAACUUGGGAAGAUAUAGAGGAGAGUGUUUUAACAGCCUUCUUGUUCGACGAAGAGGACAGAAGAGAAAUGCAGCAAAUGAAAAAAAGAAAAGGGGACAGCCUUGAGAUAAAUGAAAAAUUCAAAAAAGAAAAACUUGAAGAAAGCAAAAAAUAUCCAGAAGAAACCGACAGGGAAAAGGUCCAACGGAAAAUGAAACAAAUACUCGAUAUACUUAAUACAGAAGGCCCAAUAGAGGACGAAAGAAUAAGAAUGAAAAAACUCAUAGGGGAAAUUAACUCUAUGCAAAACAGAAAAAUUAGCCCAAAUCAAACAACACAAGGGGAGGAGAAAAAUAUAAGAUGCGAAUAA